AAAAAAAGAGGAGGAUUUGCAUGAAUUAUAUAUAGAUGUCCUUUUCUGUCUUGGGACUUUCGGAGUUUGCAACCAAUGGCGGCUGCCGUGGAGAUAAGCAAGAGGAGUAGUUCAGUGGUAGUGUCUCAAAUACACGGUGAUGAUGCCUCCUCCAUAGAUAUCCCCACACCACAGAAAAUAACCGGUAGCCCACCUGCUGUCGACGCCGAUGGAACAGUACUGAAAGUUGCAGUUGCUGAUGAUGCUCAAACGCAGACUUCUUCUCAUCAGACAACUCAUGACCAGAAAUUAAGGAACGGAGGAAGCGAGCAAACUUCCAAUACAAUGGGGGGAAAUGGUGCUGCUGAUUAUGUAGGAAUUAGUGAAGGUCCUCCUAGAGUAGUAAAUCAUGGUAGGAAACUCUCGGUGUUGCCCCUCGUUUUCCUCAUAUUUUAUGAGGUAUCAGGAGGACCUUUCGGUAUUGAAGAUAGUGUUAAUGCUGCUGGUCCGCUUCUUGCUCUUGCUGGCUUUUUGAUAUUCCCAUUAAUAUGGAGUGUUCCGGAAGCCUUAAUAACUGCGGAGAUGGGCACCAUGUUUCCUGAAAACGGUGGUUAUGUAGUUUGGGUCUCGUCGGCUCUGGGGCCGUUCUGGGGUUUUCAGCAAGGUUGGAUGAAGUGGCUGAGUGGAGUCAUUGACAAUGCCCUUUACCCUGUGCUGUUUCUUGAUUAUCUGAAAUCGGGAAUCCCUGCGUUAGGUGGUGGUCUGCCUAGGGUUAUGGCCGUGCUGGCCUUGACAAUCGUCCUAACGUACAUGAACUAUCGAGGUUUGACAAUAGUUGGAUGGGUUGCUGUACUUCUUGGAGUUUUCUCUAUUCUGCCUUUUGUGGUCAUGGGAUUCAUCUCAAUUCCAAAGUUGAGGCCUAAAAGAUGGUUAGUUGCAGAUAUUCACAAUGUGGACUGGAAUUUGUAUCUGAAUACUCUUUUCUGGAACCUGAACUACUGGGACUCAAUAAGUACACUUGCAGGAGAAGUAGAAAACCCACAGAAAACUCUGCCAAAAGCUCUGUUUUAUGCACUGAUUCAUGUCAUUCUCGGAUACUUAUUUCCUCUACUUACUGGCACUGGUGCUAUCCCUCUGCGUCAAGACUUGUGGACCGACGGUUACUUCUCAGACAUAGCAAUGAUUGUUGGUGGUGUGUGGUUGCGAUGGUGGAUUCAGGGGGCUGCAGCAAUGUCAAAUAUGGGCAUGUUCAUGGCAGAAAUGAGCAGCGAUUCUUUUCAGCUGCUUGGCAUGGCUGAAAGAGGGAUGCUUCCCGAGUUAUUUGCGAGGAGAUCCCGUUAUGGAACUCCUCUCGUGGGGAUCCUGUUUUCAGCUUCUGGUGUGCUUCUGCUUUCAUGGCUGAGCUUUCAAGAGAUAGUAGCUGCAGAAAACUUCUUGUAUUGCUUUGGAAUGAUCCUGGAGUUUAUAGCAUUUGUGCGGCUUAGAAUUAUAGCCCCAGCAGCCCCUCGUCCUUACAAGAUACCAGUGGGGACCUUUGGUGCCAUUCUCAUGUGCGUCCCUCCAACCAUAUUAAUUUGCGUUGUCUUGGCUCUCUCUUCACUCAAAGUGAUGAUUGUUAGUCUUGCUGCUGUUGUGAUUGGGCUGAUAUUGCAACCGUGCAUCAAACACAGCAAGAAGAAGAGCUGGCUCAGAUUUUCUGUCAGCUCCAACCUUCCAGAUAUUCAUGCUGGUAUCCAUGAGAAUGAAACUUUAAUUAUAUGAACGUUAAUAGGUUUUGAAGCUCUUGCAGAAGAAGUGUUUUGCGUUCCGACUUUCGAUCUUGUAAAUGAUUGAUACUCCAAGAACAGCAAUACAAACAGAUAUCAUCACGUGUAUACUAGAUUCUUAUUUGAAGGGCAACUUCUUAUGGUUGUUUCA